AUGUCCGAACAACGCCGCGGCCGAAGCCUUUUCUGGCGCCUGCUCGCAGCCCUGGACCCCGAAGAUCAGGGCCUCCCCAGAUUCCAACCCCUCAGCCAACAAAUCCCACCCACCAACAACAACCACAACUACAACCCCGAGCAACCCACCGAUUCCCAAUCCUACCCCCAAGCCUAUCCUCACACCCACCCACAACCCCCCAUCCAACCAAUCCGCCGCACAGUCACCCAAACCGACAGAAACCACCUCAUCCCCCCAGAAGACAAACUCCUCGUCUUCCGCGCUCUCACAGGCAUCGAUACCGUCCCCGCCCUCACAAUCCCGCACCACUCCGACCGCCACGCCCCAAACGUGGGUAUCUAUGAGCGCGUCGUGCGCGCAGAGCAAUCCGCAGACUCCCGGUACCGGUUCUUCAGCGUGCUUAUCAAUGUCUGUCUGGGCAUCCAGGUCGUCGCGGCCGCUGCGAUUACGGCGCUAGGCGCGGCCAGCGGACCGCAUUCUGCUGUUACGGCGUUCGGGGCUUUAAAUACCAUCAUGGCUGGUAUUCUGACGUACCUCAAGGGAUCGGGGUUACCGGAUCGAUUGAAACACUACCAGAACGAGUGGAGGAAUAUUCGGGAAUACAUCGAGCAGCGCGAGCGAGAAUUAUGUCUGGUUGGUAGCGAGUUAGACGUGCAAGAAGAGAUACAGAUCGUGGAACAUAUGUACGAGGGCGUGAAGCGGGAGAUCGAGUCGACGAAGAGCGGGGAGAGUCGGACGCCGACGGGGGAGUUUAGUCGACGGUCUUUCUUGCCGCGGCGGCAUUAUCAUGAGGAGGAGCAUCCUAGGCCGCGCAGUCCGGAGAGUGAUUAUGGGGCAAGUGCGGAGAAGUAUCGUGCUUGA